UAAACUCCAGCUGCAACAACACAGUAGGAGGAUACAGUUGCUUUUGCUGGGAUGGAUUUACUGCUACAAACUCAAGUCUAGCCGUCAACAUUACGAACCCGUGUAUAGAUGUGGAUGAAUGUCUGUCCACUCCAUCUGCUUGUGGUCCAAACUCUACCUGCACCAACACAAUAGGAGGAUACAAUUGCUCAUGCUGGCUUGGAUUUACUGCAACAAACUCAAAUCUUACUGUAAACAUUACUAACCCUUGUACAGAUGUGGAUGAGUGUCUCUUCACACCAUCACCUUGUGGUUCACACUCCACCUGCAGCAACACAGUGGGAGGAUACAGCUGCUCUUGCCGUGAUGGAUUUGCUGUUCCCAAUGCAAAUCUAAAUGUCCGCAUUAGUAACCCUUGCAUUGAUAUAGAUGAAUGUCUGUUUGCACCAUCUGUAUGUGGAUUAAACUCCUCGUGCAACAACACAGUAGGAGGAUACAGUUGCUCUUGCUGGACUGGAUUCACUGCAGUAAACUCAAGUCUAGGUGUCAGUGUUAAUAACUCCUGUGUAGAUAUGGAGGAAUGUUUGUCUGAACCGUCCAUUUGCGGUCCAAACUCCACCUGCAUCAACACAGUAGGAGGAUACAGCUGUUCUUGCUGGUCUGGAUUUAACAUAACCAACUCAAGUCUAAGCAUCAGUGUUAAUAACUCUUGUAGUGAUGUGGAUGAAUGUCUGUUAACUCCAUCUGUGUGUGGUCCAAACUCCACCUGCAUCAACACAGUAGGAGGAUACAAUUGCUUUUGCUGGAAUGGAUUUACUGCUACAAACUCAAGUCUAAGGGUUAACAUUAGUAACCCUUGUAGGGAUGUAGAUGAAUGUCUAUCUACACUAUCUACAUGUGGAUCAAAUUCCAGUUGCGCUAAUACAGCAGGAGGAUACAGUUGCUCUUGCUGGACUGGAUUUACUGCAACCAGCUCAAACUUAACUAUCAGCAUUAUUAACCCAUGUAUAGAUGUGGAUGAAUGUCUAUUUACACCAUCUAUAUGUGGUCCAAACUCCACCUGCAUCAACACAAUUGGAGGACACAACUGCUCCUGCUGGAGGGGAUUUACUGCAACCAAUUCAAAUCUGCUUGUCAGCGUUAGUAACCCAUGUACUGAUGUGGAUGAAUGUACUGGGAUUCCUGGAGUGUGUGGACCAAAUUCAAACUGCACCAAUGUUAUAGGAAACUACAGUUGCACAUGCUUGAGUGGAUACAAUGUAACAAAUUCAUUUAUGCCUAUCAAUAUCAGCAACCCAUGCAGAGAUGUGGAUGAAUGUACUGAGAUUCCUGAUGUGUGUGGUCCACAUGCAAACUGCACCAAUGCUGUUGGAAACUACAGCUGCACCUGUCUGAUUGGAUAUAAUGUGACAGAUCAAUACUUUCCCAUCAACAUCAGCAACCCAUGUAGAGAUGUGGAUGAAUGUACUGAGAUUCCUGGAGUGUGUGGUCCAAAUGCAAACUGCACCAAUGCUGUUGGAAACUACAGCUGUACAUGCCUGAGGGGAUAUAAUGUGACAAAUCUGCUCAUGCCUAUUAAUAGCAGCAAUCCAUGCAGAGAUGUGGAUGAAUGUACUGAGAUUCCUGAAGUGUGUGGUCCAAAUUCAAACUGCAGCAAUGCUGUUGGAAACUACAGCUGCACAUGCCUGAGAGGAUAUAAUGUGACUAACCCAUACUUUCCUAUCAGCAUCAACAACCCAUGCAGAGAUGUGGAUGAAUGUACUGAGAUUCCUGGUGUGUGUGGACCAAAUGCAAACUGCACCAAUGCUGUUGGAAACUACAGCUGCACAUGCCUGAGAGGAUACACUGUGACAAAUCUUUCCUUUCCUAUCAAUGUUGGCAACCCAUGCAGAGAUGCUGAUGAAUGUAUUGAGAUUCCUAAUGUGUGUGGUCCAAAUGCAAUCUGCACCAAUGCUGCAGGAAGCUACACUUGCACAUGCCUGAAUGGAUAUAAUGUCACAAAUCCAUACUUUACUAUCAACAGCAGCAACCCAUGCAGAGAUGUGGAUGAAUGUGUUUCUGCACCAUCUGUAUGUGGAUUAAAUUCCAGCUGCAACAACACAGUAGGAGGAUACAGUUGCUUUUGCUGGGAUGGAUUUACUGCUACAAACUCAAGUCUAGCCGUCAACAUUACGAACCCGUGUAUAGAUGUGGAUGAAUGUCUGUCCACUCCGUCUGUUUGCGGUCCAAACUCCACCUGCACCAACACAAUAGGAGGAUACAAUUGCUCAUGCUGGCUUGGAUUUACUGCAACAAACUCAAAUCUUACUGUAAACAUUACUAACCCUUGUACAGAUGUGGAUGAGUGUCUGUUCACACCAUCACCUUGUGGUUCACACUCCACCUGCAACAACACAGUGGGAGGAUACAGCUGCUCUUGCCGGGAUGGAUUUGCUGUUCCCAAUGCAAAUCUAAAUGUCCGCAUUAGUAACCCUUGCAUUGAUAUAGAUGAAUGUCUGUUUGCACCAUCUGUAUGUGGAUUAAACUCCUCGUGCAACAACACAGUAGGAGGAUACAGUUGCUCUUGCUGGACUGGAUUCACUGCAGUAAACUCAAGUCUAGGUGUCAGUGUUAAUAACUCCUGUGUAGAUGUGGAGGAAUGUUUGUCUGAACCGUCCAUUUGUGGUCCAAACUCCACCUGCAUCAACACAGUAGGAGGAUACAGCUGCUCUUGCUGGUCUGGAUUUAACAUAACCAACUCAAGUCUAAGCAUCAGUGUUAAUAACUCUUGUGGUGAUGUGGAUGAAUGUCUGUUAACUCCAUCUGUGUGUGGUCCAAACUCCACCUGCAUCAACACAGUAGGAGGAUACAAUUGCUUUUGCUGGAAUGGAUUUACUGCUACAAACUCAAGUCUAAGGGUUAACAUUAGUAACCCUUGUAGGGAUGUUGAUGAAUGUCUAUCUACACUAUCUGCAUGUGGAUCAAAUUCCAACUGCGCUAAUACAGCAGGAGGAUACAGUUGCUCUUGCUGGACUGGAUUUACUGCAACCAGCUCAAACUUAACUAUCAGCAUUAUUAACCCAUGUAUAGAUAUAGAUGAAUGUGCGCUUGAACCAGCUAUUUGUGGUCCACACUCCAUCUGCACCAACACUAUAGGAGGAUACAACUGCUCUUGCACGGGAGGAUUUACUGAAACAAACUCAAGUCUGAUGAUUAGCGUUAAUAACACUUGUAGAGAUGUGGAUGAAUGUCUAUUUACACCAUCUAUAUGUGGUCCAAACUCCACCUGCAUCAACACAAUUGGAGGACACAACUGCUCCUGCUGGAGGGGAUUUACUGCAACCAAUUCAAAUCUGCUUGUCAGCGUUAGUAACCCAUGUACUGAUGUGGAUGAAUGUACUGAGAUUCCUGAUGUGUGUGGUCCACAUGCAAACUGCACCAAUGCUGUUGGAAACUACAGCUGCACCUGUCUGAUUGGAUAUAAUGUGACAGAUCAAUACUUUCCCAUCAACAUCAGCAACCCAUGUAGAGAUGUGGAUGAAUGUGUUUCUGCACCAUCUGUAUGUGGAUUAAACUCCAGCUGCAACAACACAGUAGGAGGAUACAGUUGCUUUUGCUGGGAUGGAUUUACUGCUACAAACUCAAGUCUAGCCGUCAACAUUACGAACCCGUGUAUAGAUGUGGAUGAAUGUCUGUCCACUCCGUCUGUUUGUGGUCCAAACUCUACCUGCACCAACACAAUAGGAGGAUACAAUUGCUCAUGCUGGCUUGGAUUUACUGCAACAAACUCAAGUCUUACUGUGAACAUUACUAACCCUUGUACAGAUGUGGAUGAGUGUCUCUUCACACCAUCACCUUGUGGUUCACACUCCACCUGCAACAACACAGUGGGAGGAUACAGCUGCUCUUGCCGGGAUGGAUUUGCUGUUCCCAAUGCAAAUCUAAAUGUCGGCAUUAGUAACCCUUGCAUUGAUAUAGAUGAAUGUCUGUUUGCACCAUCUGUAUGUGGAUUAAACUCCAUGUGCAACAACACAGUAGGAGGAUACAGUUGCUCUUGCUGGACUGGAUUCACUGCAGUAAACUCAAGUCUAGGUGUCAGUGUUAAUAACUCCUGUGUAGAUGUGGAGGAAUGUUUGUCUGAACCGUCCAUUUGUGGUCCAAACUCCACCUGCAUCAACACAGUAGGAGGAUACAGCUGCUCUUGCCGGUCGGGAUUUAACAUAACCAACUCAAGUCUAAGCAUCAGUGUUCAUAACUCUUGUAAUGAUGUGGAUGAAUGUCUGUUAACUCCAUCUGUAUGUGGUCCAAACUCCACCUGCAUCAACACAGUAGGAGGAUACAAUUGCUUUUGCUGGAAUGGAUUUACUGCUACACACUCAAGUCUAAGGGUUAACAUUAGUAACCCUUGUAGGGAUGUAGAUGAAUGUCUAUCUACACUAUCUGCAUGUGGAUCAAAUUCCAACUGCACUAAUACAGCAGGAGGAUACAGUUGCUCUUGCCGGACUGGAUUUACUGCAACCAGCUCAGACUUAUCUAUCAGCAUUAUUAACCCAUGUAUAGGAUUUACUGAAACAAACUCAAGUCUGAUGAUUAGCGUUAAUAACACUUGUAGAGAUGUGGAUGAAUGUCUAUUUACACCAUCUAUAUGUGGUCCAAACUCCACCUGCAUCAACACAAUUGGAGGACACAACUGCUCCUGCUGGAGGGGAUUUACUGCAACCAAUUCAAAUCUGCUUGUCAGCGUUAGUAACCCAUGUACUGAUGUGGAUGAAUGUACUGAGAUUCCUGAAGUGUGUGGACCAAAUGCAAACUGUGCUAAUACUGUUGGAAACUACAGCUGUACAUGCCUGAGAGGAUACACUGUGACAGAUCAAUACUUUCCCAUCAACAUUAGCAACCCUUGCAGAGAUGUGGAUGAAUGUCCAUCUACACCAUCUAUAUGUGGUCCAAACUCCACCUGCAUCAACACAAUUGGAGGACACAACUGCUCCUGCUGGAGGGGAUUUACUGCAACCAAUUCAAAUCUGCUUGUCAGCGUUAGUAACCCAUGUACUGAUGUGAACGAAUGCAAUGAGAUUCCUGACGUGUGUGGUCCAAAUGCAGUCUGUACAAAUGCUGUUGGAAACUACAGCUGCACGUGCCUGAAUGGACACAGUGUGAUAAAUCCUAACUUUCCUAUCAAUAUCAGCAACCCAUGCAGAGCAAUUACUUCCCCAACUACUACAUCCACAGAGACCCCCACAACCACGAUAAAGGCCCCUACAACCACAGCAGCCACUACAACAACCACAGUGACCACAACCACAACAGGUAUGAUUAACCUUAUAUUUGUCAAAACUGACUAG